GGAACCAGUGACUCCAGGUCUCCUUAAAGGUUCUUUUCGAAGUUUUUGUAAUUGUAAAAUAAAUUAUUUCAUCCAAUUAAUUAAAAAAGGCAUAACAUACUGUCUUGAAAAUCAUGAAAAAAAAUGAAAAACAUAUAUAUAUUGGCUGUCAGUAGGACUGUUAAAUCUGGACAAACCAUAAUCUGACACGGACCUUGGAGCUCUGCCUGAGGAUAUUAAUAUUUAAAGUGAAGUCACAGAAAAAUAAUCCCAGCGUUGCUGACGAUAAACGGCCUUGGCAGAAGAGGUUGACACAAAGCUUAUGUGGAAUAUGAUGAAGAGUGUGAACACAGCCUUCCUUCUACCAGGUGAAGCUGAACAAUGAGUGCCUCCAUAAAUUAAGUUCAGUUACACUUUCUCACAAAGGCACAACACUGACGGCUCUUACAGUCACAAGCAUCACUUUGCCCCAGGGGGUAACAUGAGGCCCGGUGGUGACACCUCAUUGGCACCAUUUUGGAAAAGUCUUGUGAGGUAAAGUGUGUCACAGGAGCUGGUGUGAAUGGGACAGAUGGUAGGACAGAGGAGAAAACGGAGUCACCGACCUCCACUGUGAGGGUUGUGUCUGCUCACUGGACCACUGUCACACACAGGUGAUUGAGUUGAAAGGAGGAAAAGUGUUUUUCACGUUCACUUCUAUCUGACUUUAAUGAAACACACCCAGUACCCUUUGGACGGCCGGUGUUAAUUUUCAACUGCGGAGAUAAAAUACAUUCUUACAGAAUGAAUGGCGUGAGUCAUAACAACAGGACAAAACUUGCGCCCACACACACACGCUCACCCGCUGUCCGUCAUCGGACUGUUGCAACCUCUUCACCUUUUCCUGACGGGAGGUGCUGUAUCUCGUUCUGAGACUCCAACACACCCUCUGACCUGCCUGUGCAACAUCCUAUCAGAUGCAGAUGGUGUCAUUUUGAGAGGCAGUCGUCAUGGUGAGAGGCAGACCUUUUUUUUUUUUGGAUCAUGGCACGCCUAAAGGCCUGCCAGGUGGACCUGAAAAACCUGCUGCCUCAGAUUAUUACUCCUCUCAACCAGGAGCGGAGAGAGAGAGUGGACGAGCGAGUGUGGAGCCUCCUCCUUUGUCUGACCGGCUCUCCUCCUCCUCUCCGUCACAUAAACACUGAUUCCCAUCGACACAACACGCCACACAAACACACAGGAAUCUCUGCUUUGUCCCUUUGUUAUUGACUGUAAAACGUUUUUUUGUUUUUUUUUUACCUGAAGGACUGACUUUUUUCAGCAACAACAAGGACUCAGCAUUCCUCACUCAGAGCUGCUUCCUCACUCUUCUACUCCCCUGUCUCUCCCGCCCCAGACCUGCUGUGACUGUCAGGCCUCCAUCGGUGGACUAUGCCCCCUUCUUUCAGCUGAGGGAGGGGGCUCUGCGCUGCUCAGGCUCCCAUCAGGAGACGGCUUGGGCUGAAAUCAAAGAGGAGUGGGUUUGGCUGGUACUGCUGAAGAUGCAAACUUCAUCCGCCUCACCACUGACCAUCACUACAGCACCUCCCAACACAACCGCCGUCACCAAGUCCAGAGAACAAAUUCUCAUUCAGAGUUCCGGGGCUAUGAUUGCCGUCAUCGUCAUAGGUAUCAUCAUCAUUCUCUCCAUUCUACUCAUCAUCCUGAAGACAUACAACAGGUGUACACAUACAUCUCGACUCCUGGGCUCCAACAGUGGCUCCAAGCAACGUGCAAAAGUGUCCCAGGCCACGGGGCAGAGCAGUUUGCCCCUGAGCACCAUGGGACCCAUCUCUGUGUCAGGGAGCAUCAAUCCCUCAUUCCCUGCCUCAGAGAACGGCUUCGUGCUGCCCAGGGCGGAGCUGAACAGCAUUGAGGGAAACCACUUAGAGCAGUUCAGCACCAUGAGUGACUCCACUGAGGUCACCAUACAUGACGCUCCAUCACUGGGAGACACAUAGCAGCAGGACUGUGGUUGAGUCUCACAACGGCCGUUGACUGACGUGUGGUCUUCACCCUGGGACUGACUGAAUCGUGUAGAAGUUCAAUCUGUGACAUGAGUGUUUGUGCUGUCAGUGACUGAGCCGCCGAUGAGUGACCAAUGCAUGUCGUUCAAUGUGACAACAAUCACAAAACGAACAAAACAGUUCCAAAACAAACACAGUGGAGCGUGUGAAGGACUUGAAGGAGAGAGUUGCUUUUUGGCUACAGUCAGUGUUCAAAGAAAAUAUGCCAUUAAGUUACUUGUUAUCACUUUGUUUUGUUAAUGCUUUGGCAAAAUGAAAAAAACAACAAAAACAAAUGUGCAGUGACAGAGUUGGUCAUAAGUUUGUACAUUUCUGUGUUAAGAAGAAGGUUAAUAAGUUAAUGUAGAAUAACAGUACCAUAGAAAAUGACCAAAUAAAGACAGAACACUAGUAGUACAAUACAGGGCAUUAGUUUGUUUUUGCAGAAUAACUGUUCUCAUUUUUGUUACUCGAUUUGGUUUUUUUAAAUUUUUUUAUUUUAUUAGUUUGUUAGUUUGUUUUUGCAGAAUAACUGUUCUCAUUUUUGUUUUGUUUUGAUUUUAUUAAAACAUACUUAAAAUAUUGUCUCUUAUAAUGAUUGUGUACCACAGAGAGUGAAAAGCCCAUAGAAGAACUUCUGGAUUUCAGCAAAACAACAACUUUUUUGAUUUGACGCCAAAAUAUUUUGCACUUUAUUAUCUUUCUGUAUUUGUAUUGUCUGUGGCUCUUUUAUUUUAAAUGAAUAUAGAUUGAAAUAAAUUUUAAUGUUUCUACCUUUCAUCGGCUUGCUUGUAAUGUGUGAAUGAAUCAGAUCAGCAAUAUUUCUUUAACUCAACCAUAAUAGAAGGUACAGAUGAGCAUUUCCAGGUAAAUCCAUUUCUGAAGACAAAUAAAAAGAAAGAAAUAGCGAUAC